CAGCCCCCUGCUCUUCCCGAAUCGCCCAGCGAAUGCUGAUGCUUGGACGCUACUAUGUUGUCGAUUGAUAGCGUUGUCAUUUUGAUCCCCAUUGCUAUCGAAGUUCUGCUUACCCACUGGAUCUAUACUCAGCUUUUCUUGACGUCGGUGCCCGUUUGUUGACCAGUUUGUUAGGUUCAAUGUUAGGCUUCUUUGUGCAAUUGUUUGGAGUUUUAGUAACCUUGUAAUUUCGCCUAGUACUUCAUACAUGUCAGAUUUCAAUGGUGAGCUAUUAGGGAAAUGUUGUACAGCUUCGGUAUUAGAUGUUACGCUGGUAGUUGGGAGAACAUUAAAUUGCAGGGGAUUGUCUACAAUUGUCGCCGCCGAUCUAUUAGCUCUGCUGUGAUUUGUGUAGGUUAGCAGUUUUUUUAUUCAGAGGCGCACUCAACUUCGGAUUCCAGCGCAUUGAUGAUCUAAGAUGCAUUGAAACUCGGUAAAGUAAGAGUUCUAUUGGCAGUGUAGAAAGACGCUAUGGCUACAAUUUUCUUGGCUAUGGCUUGUGCUCCAUCAGAUCGUAUGUCCCUUUGCGCAGUUGAUUGUUUCUGGUAAAAUCAUGCUGUGAAAUCGCACGCAUUUUUACUUGACCUGCGUAUGCUUAUUUGUUUGGAGCUAAGCCGGAAGAAAUACUAAUGGCUAGGAAGGAGGAGAUCGAUGCCGUCUCUUGCGCGAUUAUGUGUAUGGACACGCUUGCAAUGGAUUCCAUGGACAUGAACCCGGAAGAAUUUCCCAAUACUAAUGCUUCUCCGGUGAUUCCAACGGGUCCUCCAUCAAAAGAUCUAACAAAUUCAGAUUCCUGUGUUGAUGAGAGACCGCAGCGGGGGAAGGAACUUGAGAACUCGGUUGGUAGCGGAGGAGCAGAACAAACAUGCUAUGAUGAUGAGGGUCUCAUGACAGAUCCUGGCACUCCUGACAGCCAUGGUUCUCCUGACACUCCUGGAUCACCUGAAGAGCUCCACGACCUGAUCGAGACCAAAGAUAUGAAUCUGGACAUGACCGAAAAUGACCUCGACGAAGAAAAGGGCUACGACGAAAACGGUCUGAUGACAAACCUUAGCACUCCUGACAACCCUGGCACACCUAGAGACGAAUUCUCCGAUGAUAGCCAUGAACUGGAUGAGACGAAAGAUGCGAACCUAGACAUAAUCGAAAAUGACUUAGGAGAAAGUGGCACUGAUGAUGACGCCCAGGAUACAGAUCCUGUCACGCCUCAAGAAGGGCUCCCUCGUUAUGGUGAUGAUCCGGAUGAAACCAAAGACAUGAACGUGGACGGAGCUGAAAAGAGCUUCGAAAUGUUGGAUGAUGGUCAGGACGAGGGAGAGAAAUCUUUUGAUGGUGAGAGGUUUGUGCCAGCGUUCCCGAUUACCAGAGUGAAGAGAAUUAUCAAGCUUGAUAAGGAUGUAAGACUUGUAUCCAGUGAUGCACUUGCGCUCAUAACUCAAGCAACAGCUCUAUUUGUGCAAAGUUUAAGUUCGGCUUCAUUUAAAGUGAUGCUCCAAUCUAAACGUAAGACCAUCCGUGGCCCAGACGUUAUUCUUGCUGCAAAAUCAACCAGGCAAUUCCGGGAGUGUCUAGAGAAUGAUCUAGCGACCUUGUUAGAAGAAUCUAAUCAAGACACAGCAAAUGGUGAGGAUAUCCCAGUUGAGAAGGAACAUGGAACUAGUGGAGAACCUACGAGAAAAAGGUCUCAGCAGCCAAAGUCCUCAAAGAAACAACAGCUUGCUCCUCCAGGCAGUAGACCUAUCACAAUCUUUUUCAAAACGUGAUUAUUAUUUUUAGGUCAGAUUCGGUUUUGCUUCUUAGGAUGAUAAGUCCUAGUCAACCAUUGGUGGUAAAUCUUAGUGCUCUGAAACUCUCAUCUUGGAUUUUGAUGCUCCUAUCUGUGUAUACAAACUAUGGUCAGUUAUUUGA